AUGUGUUUCACUCUUUCUGAUAGAGGCUGUUGGUCCACGUGGCCUGCAUUUGCAUCAGGGCAGUCAGUCCUACAGAAUCAUAAACCCUGCUAUAUCUCAAAGGAGAGAAAGCCCAGCAAUAAACAGGCUCUACUUACCAUUCCAAAGCCACGAUACUUGGAGCAACUGGAAUCUUACUUAAGGAAAGAGCUGCAAGCUCUUGACCUGACUACAAAGAAUUCGCAGGAACUGAAGUUACAGCCCUACAGAGAGAUCUUUGAAUUCUUCAUAGACAACUUCAAGACCUACAAGCCCUUGCUGUCAGCUAUAAAGAAUGAAUAUGAAGUUACUUUGGCUCAUCAGAAGGAGAGGAUCCGUGCCUUAGAGCCACUGGAGGCUACAGUCACAACUGUGUCUGAGGAGUACACACAGCAGAUACUGGCACUGCAAGAAAAUGAGAGGGAUGAAAUAAGUAUGUUAAAGCAAGAAAAACAACAUUUGUUAAAGUUCAUUGAAAACAUGAAGGAAGAGAAGAGUUCUCUUGAGAUUCAGGUGGAGCGUUUGAAAAAGAGCUUGGCCGAGGAAUACCUUCGCUAUCUCAACGAGCACCAUGCCCGCAAACUGCUCCUAGCAGACAUGAAUGAAAUGCACAAUGAACAGCUGGGCCUGACUCUUCACCAAGUCCAAGAUGUCAAGAGUGAAGAUGUGGUGAAGUUAACUUUGGCAUUAAAGAUAGCUCGGCAGGACCUCACAAAAGCCCAAGUGGAACUAAACAGAAUGAUAGCAGACUAUGGAGAUGUUGUGCCCAGGAGAGAUUUUGAAUCACUGGAGAAAAAAUAUUCUGUUUUACUUCAGGAGAUGAAGAACCAGCAUAAAGAUUUUGAUCAGCUCCAUAAAGAAUAUGACAUGCUGCUAGAAAUCCACAGGGAGACUGCAGAAGAACGGGACAAAGCCUUCCUUGAACUCCAGGAAGUUCGGCGCAGUUGCACGCCCCGGCCAAACUGGGCAAAGUGUUCAGAAGUGAUUCCUGGUGGAGCUGACCGGUGGAGCUCUCUGGCUGAGGGGAAAACGAGUGAUCAGCUUGUGGAUGUACUUCUGGAAGAAAUAGGAACAGGAGUACUGAAAGAGAGAGAUGUCUUCUUUGGAUAUGGCAAAGGUGAUGACAUCCCUGUGUACCUGAGGUAUGAAGGUGAAGUCAAGAAUAAAAAGCUGAGUAAGAGAGAUGUGGUGGCUAUCCUAAAAGACGUCUGGAGAGAGAAGAUUGCACUAGAACAGCAGAUGGGGAAGCGAUCCAGUCUGCCUGAGUUCUUCCUCUGCUACCUCCAGAAGAAGUAUGGAGAUGCUGCUGCCAUGGAGUGGUCUUACACCAUCUAUGAGAACAUGCGAAUCUAUCAAUCAAACCAUGUCAUGAGUUCAUUCUACAACAUCCUCACUGGGAAGGUAGGCGAAGAACAGUACCAUGGCCAGAAUCAGCUGAUUUCCAAUCUGCAAAAGGAGCUGGCAGCCUGCGAUAGCUCGAGCACUGGGUCCCUGACCAGCGAGCAAUUCAGCAUGGCUCUGAGGGAAGCUUUUCCCCUGAAAAGGAAUGAUUCCAUCCAAGACCUAGUUGAUGCAGGCAGAUACAAGCUGGACAGUGCUGAAGACCUCAUCAACUACAGAGCCUUAUUCAGUGAAGAUGAGGAGGGAAAUGCUGAACCUUUUGUUGAAAUACUUAGAAACCAGUAUGUGAACGAGAAGCAGGAGUAUCUGAGAGAGCUGAGGAGCCAGCUGGGAGAUGUGAUAGAGGUGAACGCUGAUGAUCUGAAGACAGCCUUCUGCGCAAUCGAUCCUGAUAUCGACGAUCAGACGUUAGAUAUCUACAUUGGCUUGGCUUACCAGGUCGGAAAAGAACAGACAGAUCAAGAUGUCCUGCCUGUGGAAACAGCACUUGAGAGACUGAUGGCUGGAGAUGUAAGACGAGUAGGACCCUCACCCAAAGAGGAAAGCAAGACAGAAUGUGAAGAAGGCGACUAG